GAGGGAGCCCAGCUGCGCGUCGCGGGUACAGCGACUCCUGGGCCCAUGGCGCCGGCGCAGCGAUGUCCGCUGUGCCGCCAGACCUUCUUCUGUGGUCGCGGACACGUCUACAGUCGCAAGCACCAGCGGCAGCUGAAGGCGGCUUUGGAGCGGCUCCUGCCCCAGGUGGAGGCCGCCCGCAAGGCCAUCCGCGCCGCUCAGGUGGAGCGUUACGUGCCGGAGCACGAGCGGCGCUGCUGGUGCCUGUGCUGCGGCUGCGAGGUGCGGAAACACCUGAGCCACGGAAACCUGACCGUGCUGCACGGGGGGCUGCUGGAGCAUCUGGCCAGCCCAGAGCACAAGAAAGCAACCAACAGAUUCUGGUGGGAGAACAAGGCAGAGUUCCAAUUGAAAGAGAAGUUUCUGAUCUCCCCCCAGGACUAUGCACGAUUCAAGAAAUCCAUGGUGAAAGGUUUGGAUACCUAUGAGGAAAAAGAGGAUGAGGUGAUCAAAGAGAUGGCAGCUCAGAUUCGAGAGGUGGAACACAGCCGGCAGGAGCUGGUUCAGUCUGUCUUAGAGCCUCAGGCAGUGCCAGACCCAGAAGAAGGCUCUUCAGCACUGGGAAGCUGGAAAGGGACCAACAGUCUAGUGGCCUCCACCUCACAGCAGCCCUCCUACUUGGACCUGCCACCCACCCCAGAGCUUGAUUGGAUGGAGACAGGACAACCUUUGACAUUCAUUGGCCAUCAGGAUGCACCAGGAAUUGGUAACAUCCACUCAGGUGCUACACCUCCCUGGAUGGUCCAGGAUGAAGAAUACAGUUCUGUAAACCAACAAAUAGGACCAUCCUAUGAAGAAUUUCUUAAAGAAAAGGAAAAACAGAAAUUGAAGAAACUCCCCCCAGACAGAGUUGGAGCCAACUUUGAUCACAGCUCCAGCACCAGUGUAGGCUGGCUGCCCUCUUUUGGCCGGGUCUGGAAUAAUGGACGUCGCUGGCAAUCCAGACAUCAAUUCAAAACGGAAGCUGCAGCAAGGAACAAACAGUCAUGUAAAGAAAAAAAGCCAAUCAUUUCCUGAUAUUUUCCAACCACCAUUAAGGCACAAAGCCAAGUCAACAAACCCUACCUGCUUAUUCUUCUCUGUAACUAGUUUUCUUAGGAAAGAGACAUACCCACUUAUUUCAUUUAAUAAAGUUUUAUUUCCCAAAAUGUACAGUUGGUGGGAUCUGCAAAAAAAACAAAAACAAAAAUAAAGAAUCAGAAUUAUACAGCCUUA